ACUAAAUAGUAGGUAAUUUGAAAAAAAAACAUGAAGUAAUAUGCUGUAUAGUAGGAUUUGAAUGUUUAUCUCAGAUGGCUAUAUUUUUUAUGUCAUGUUCUUUAUAUAUCAAUGUUUUCAAAAGUAUGCUUCUGAGCUAAGUUUGGAAAAAAUUUACCAAUAAAUAGCCCCAAAUUUACUAAGCUACAAUGACCAAUAAAUUUCACAAUUGAUAAAUAUCUUUAGACAUCUCAAGCUUAUGAUUGAAUUUUUAUUUUAUGAUCUAAAAAUAGUCUUGGAGAGAUCAAAAAACAAAAACGUCAAAAAAAGUUAGUGCGCUCAGAAGAGAAAGGGUGCAAACAGGCAACAAAAUAACAAGUAUGCCUCAACUGUCAGAUUUGGACAAGAAAGUUUUAAGUAUUAUUGGGAAUGAAUAUGUUGAAGGGACAUCGUGUCCGGACUCAUGGCCCGAAGAGCAGGAAAAUAAUGUACAAAGGACUGCUUCAGGUGAUAGUAGUAUUUAUCUAAAAGAACCUGUGCCUUUGGCAUUGGUAGUAGAUGAAGAAAACAAUAAUCAAGAAAAUGAUAUUGAAACAUUAUUAGACAUUGAGUAUGAAACAAUUAGUUGUGGCUUCGCUGAAGUCGAUGAAAAUGCAACACUUGCUAUUACCAGUGAAAUUGACAAAACUUUAGAUCAAAGCAAUAUAAGGGGUUCUACAAGUUCUAAACGACCAAAAAUAGUGAAACAAAAUCUUAGAAGCCAGCUACAAACAGCAAGAAAUACAUUCAAUGUUAUUGCAGAUAAACAAACUGAUUCCAUUAAAGUUAUAGCAGAUUCUCUACUGGUGAUUGGAAAGGCUCUUGACAGAAUGGCUGAUAAUGAUAUACAAAGAACAGAGAAUGAAAGGAAGAUGUUAAUAUUGUAUGAAAAAAUACUUGAAAAAAAAUAGCCCAAGUGACCAUUUAAUCAUAUAAAUAUUGUUAAAAAUUUUUUUAGU